UUCAUCUUCUUUCUUCUUUUUUUUGGUUAUUUCUCUCCAUAUAUGGAAGAAAAAAACCAACAUCUCCUUAAACCUCUCAUAAAAACAACCACCACAAACUCUUAUGAAAAUGACCACAAAAUCACAUCUUAUUCAUCAAAUACAAGUAUAAUUCUUAGACUUGUUUUGGUCAUUUUUGUUGGAGUAGUCUCCUUAUGGGCAAAUUAUGAAGCUUCCAAAGGUUUUUCCAUAACCAUUGUCAAUGAAGCCAUCGAGGAUACAUUUUCAAGUAAGCGUUUCGAUCUUUUUUACGUGUCAAAUGACGAAGCUACACGUUUAGUCCAAAGGACUAGUAAAUUUAUCGAAAAUAUUCUUUACCCUAUCGAUGAUCAUCAGGAUUUUGAUCAACCACAAAUCAAGAAACAAGUUAAACAUGUUAUCCUCCAACUAUCUAGCCAGAAUUUGACUCAUCCAGUCAUCAUUGAAUCGUCCCAAGACAACGAUGAGUUUGUUAUACACAUAAGUCCUUCGAUUUUGGAAGGUCCAAAUUAUAAGCGUGACAUGUUUUUAGCGUUGCAAAAAGGCAUGGCGCGUAUAUGGUUAUGGGAUGGUCAAGGUAAUGCCCCGUCUAAUAUUGUAAAUGGCAUGAUUGAGUAUAUUACUAGUUUUGAAAUGUCAGGAUCUGAAUCAGUCGAAUCAGUAAGGUUAAAGAGAAGUUGUUGGAAGAGCAAGGAUACAAGGACCAUAGUAAAGUUAUUAAAUUAUUGUGAGGGGAAAAAAGAAGGAUUUGUUAGGAGAUUGAACAAAGAGAUGAAAAAUGGUUGGCAUGAGGAAAUGAUUGAUGAUGUAUUAGGAAUGCCAGCUUGGCAUCUAUGUGAAACUUACAAUAAAAAGGUGCUUUGAAUAUGUAGUAAAUAAAUCUAUGAACGAAUGGAUCGGAUCGAUGUAUAAAAUAAAAGAUUUGUACAAAUUAUAUGUUUUGUCA